AUGGAAGAGGAAGGAUGGAAGAAGAUGAGAAGGUACCUACCGAAAGGAUACGUAUGGGGAGUGCAAGGAGCAAGUAGAAAGAAGAAGAGAGGAAGAGCGAAAGGAGGCAUGAUUAUGGGGAUAAAAAAGGAGAUUGCAGAGAAGGGAGGAAUGAUGGAGCUGAGUAAGGAGGGCUUUGUGGUAGGAAGAGUAAAGAUAGGGAAGGAAAAAUGGAGGGUGAUAGGAGUAUACGUAGGAGAAGGAAUAGAGAAGGCGUGCAGGGAGAUGGAGAAGUGGACGGAGGAGAAAGAGGAGGAGGUUUACACGAUAAUAGGAGGAGAUUUUAAUGCGAGGACAGGACAAGAGGGGGGUAGAAUCAGAGAUAAGGAGAAUGCGGAAGAGGAGAGGAAAGAGGAAAAGAAAAGAAAGUCGAAAGACAAAUUAAUCAAUGCAGAGGGAAGAAAACUACUGGAAUUCAUGGGAGAAAGAGGUUGGAGCAUAAUGAACGGUAACACAAAGGGAGAUGAGGAGGGAGAAUGGACUUUUACAGGAGGAAGAGGGAACACGGUUAUAGAUUACGUAAUUGGGAAUGAGGAUAGCGGAGAGAAGGUGAGAAGGUUAAGAAUAAGAGACAAGGUGGACUCAGAUCAUCACCCAAUAGAAGUGGAGAUAGAAGGAUGGCAGAGAAGAGAGAGAAGAAAGUCGAGAGGAGGGAGGAGAGGAGUAUGGAAUGAGGAGGGCCGGAGGAUUUUUGAGGGAAAAGUGGAGGAGAUAGGAGAAAUAGGAGGAGGAGAGGAAGAGAUAGAUGGAGAAUGGGAAAGAAUAGAGGAGAGGAUGAAGGAAGUAUUAAGAGCAACAGAGGAGGACUGGAGGAAAGGGAAGAAGGAGAAAAGAGGAUGGUGGGAUGGGGAGUGCAGAGAGGAGAAAAGAAAGGUAAGGAGGGAGCUGAGGAGAUGGUGGAGGGAAGGAGGUGAGGGGGAGGAAUAUAGGAAGAGAAGAGGGGAUUACAAGAGAUUGUGUGAGAGGAAGAAAAAGGAAGAAAACGAGAAAUGGGAAAAGAAGGCAGCAGAGGUGAAAAGAGAAUCGGAGUAUGGAGGAGGGAACGUGGAGGAUUGGAUGCUGGAUUUUUGUAAUAGAAUAUGGAGAGGAGAAGGAUGGCCGAAGAGAUGGAUAGAGGGAGUGAUUACACCGAUAAGGAAAAAAGGGGAUGGAAAGGAGGUGGAAGACUACAGGGGAGUAACCAUGAUGCCAUCAAUGUAUAAGGUUUACACGAUGAUACUGACAGAAAGAUUGAGGAAGGAUGUGGAGGAAAAAGGGAUAGUGCCAGAAAAUCAGAUGGGGUUUAGGAGAGGAAUGGGAACAAUAGACAACAUAUACGUGAUGAAUUAUCUAAUCAAUAGACAACUGGAAAAAAAAGAGGGAAGGCUAACGGCAUUGUUUAUAGAUCUGAGAGCAGCAUUUGACUCGGUAGACAGGGAGAAAUUAAUGGAGGCAAUGGAGGAGGAGAGAGGAGGAGAAAGGAUUGAGAUGGAGAUUGAGGUAGUAGGCUUUGUAGACGGUAUUGAAGCCUCACGUUAUGUUGGCGACAAGAAACAAUAUAAAGUUUUUAAAUUUUAUAUUAAUAAUGGCGAAGGGAGGCAAGUACAAGUUGUCGUGUGGAAUGACGAUAUUACACCCGUAGAACCACAUGUAAAAUUAAACCACAUUAUUCAUUUAGACGGAGUGCAGGCUCGUACUCCUAUUUCAUAUAAUAACGGCAAUGUGCCCUACGAGCUACAGAUCCAGAGUAAUACAACAAUCUCCAAUUUGGGGAAAUAUAAUAUGGAACGAACCAAUUUAAUCGAACCGGAGCUGUGGAGUUUUGUGAUGUAA